CUCCCGAGUGAUGCAAUGUUUUGGUUUGGAGAUUGGGAUUACCUGGUAGUCCAGGGGCCAAAGGUGGACCUGGAGUUCAAGGUGAGCCUGGUCCCAGAGGUCAUGCCGGCAUGUCCAGAGGGAGACCGAGGUCAGCGCGGUCCAGUGGCUCCACAAGGAUUAGUCGGAAAGGCUGGAAGCAAAGGAGAGAGAGGACCGAUGGGUGUUCCAGGUGCUCAAGGUCUGAGUGGAACCAAAGGAGACAAGGCCCCCCGGAUGUCUGGUGCCCAAUUUGGAGAUCCACAGGAGCUCUGCCCUGUGACGUUGGGCGAGGCUCCAUUUAGGAUCCGUCUCUGCGACAGUCACCCGGACGGAAGACCAUCCGUGCAGGAGGAAAUGCUGAACCAGAUUUUGAAGGGCCUCAACUUCUUCCGGUGUCAAAUUGGGAGCGACCGCAGGUGCGCAGCCCGAACCGGACACGGAAAGCCCAUCGGACCGGACCAUAGCCUGGAAUUCCGGAGGCAUAAGUCCAGUGUCCCGGGGAACAAAUGUGACCAAUCGGGGGACUCCUGAGGAAGCAUCUCCCCAGGGAGCGUCUUCCGCAAAAGGUAUGAAGCUGGAGCGGGGAUGAGACGGGGGUAGCGGCGGCCACAGGAGAGAUGCUUGGGGACAGCAUCGAAGCAAGAUCCUGUCCCUGUUCCUGGUCCUGAAGAUCAAUGAGGAGGGGCGAAUGAAGCGUGGGCCCCAUUGGUGAUCCCAGAGGAAGUAGCCUGCGACGUGCAGGAAUGGGCCGGGUCGGGAGAUCCUCACCGAUGCUGUCUUUGGCGGGUCUGCUGUCCGGAGCUCGGCGCGUGGUCAUCCUCUGCUCCUUGGGAGGUUCCGCCACUGCAGGAGUCGGCGGCCGGCGAGGAAGGAAGAUGGGGGCCAUCCGGAUUGGAGGGAUUGCUGGACGGUCCGCCUCGGGAGACCAAUCUGGGGCGACAGCGUCGGUGCUGGUAGCCACCGAAGCCCGAGUGACUAUCUGAGCUGGGGGGCUUCUUGCCCGUGCCAAGUCAGGAGCCCCAACUGGGCCCAUAGGGUCAGUGAGGGUACCCACCGAUACCAGGGUGGUAGUCUGGACCGGUAUAGACCGGGCCGGGUGUACCACCUCCGGUGCCGGGGUGGCAGCCUGGACUGGUAAGGGCUGGGCCGGGCGUGCCCCCCCAGCGUUGACAGAGGGGUCGGCAAAGGCUGCGACAAUGAGGGCCUCGGCCUGCUUGAGGGUGUCCCCCAACAAUCUCUUCCCCAAGUGUUUUU